UGUUGCAGAGCAGCAGGAUCUCACUGUGCUUCUUCACAGAAAAUAGAAAGCAAGGCUUUUGAAUUUACUUUCUUUACCUAAUAACAGCAAUUAAAAAUGUUAAAACAGAUGGGAAGAACAAACCGAGCUGUGCUAAUAAUUUUGUAUGUGUUAGUGACUGUUAAAGCUUUUGAAAUGGAGAUUAUACCUGCUAACAGAAUUGUUGCACAAAUUGGAGAAACACUCAUACUCACAUGCAAUACUACUGGCUGUGCAUCACCAAGUUUUUCCUGGAGAACCCAGAUGGACAACCCCCUUGGAGGAACAGUGAGCAACCAUAGGACGUACUCUACCUUGACUAUGAAUCCAGUUAGCACUGUGAAUUCUCAUGAUUAUCUUUGUACAGUCUUCUGUGGUGAGAAAGAGAAAAAAGAGAAGAGUGUCAAAGUUGAACUUUACUCUUUCCCCAGUGAUCCUAUCAUUGAGAUCAGCCCAUCCUUAGUUGCUGGAGAACCAGUCACUGUCACCUGUAAAAUUCCUGAUGUGUAUCCUUCUGAUCACCUGGAAGUAUUCCUAAAAAAAGAGGAACAUGUCCUUCUUAAGGAAAAUUUUUAUGAUGAUGACAGCACAGAUACAGAGACCAAAACUGUGACAUAUUCAUUUAAUCCCACGGCUGAAGAUAUUGGGAAAGAGAUUACCUGUGUGGCCAAGUUACCAAUUACUGAUAUGGACUUUGAACCCAAAGAAAGAGUAACUUCUCAGAAACUGAAUGCAAACUUUGGUCCACAAAAUACUACUAUCAUUACUGCAUCUCCACGCAACUCACCAAUGGAAGGAGACCCUCUAAAACUCAUUUGUGUGACUGAUAGUAAUCCACCACCACAAAUAGUUUGGAGAAAACAUCUGGCUGAUGAAAGCAUUCAGCAUCUGAUAGAAAACAAUGUCCUUUCUAUUCCCCGUGCCCAUUUCACUGAUUCAGGACUCUACAUUUGUGAAGUAAUUAAUCUGGUAACUAAUAAAAUGGAGAUAGCAACUGUGGACAUUGUUAUACAAGGUGCUCCAAACAUUGCAGAACUCUCCAUUGAGCCUUCUGCAACAGUUCAAGAAGGAGAAAAUGUUUCCAUACAAUGUUCUGCUGAGGGUAACCCUCCUCCCAAGAUUAUUUUAAGGAGAAAAUCUGACAGUGCAGACAUGGGGCCUUACAGUGAGGGGAGAAUUCUACUUUUUCCAUCUGUGAUGUUCCUAAAUGGAGGAGACUAUGAAUGCAUAGCAGAAAAUGAAUUUGGGAAAAUUAAAAGUGAAAUAACGCUUAAUGUGGAAUAUGGACCGAGGAAUACGAUGGUCUCUGUUAUCCCUGCUACUGCUGUUAAAGAAGGAGAAACUGUGACGAUGAAAUGUACUAGUUCUGGUAAUCCAGCUCCAGUGAUUUCUUGGAAGAAAAAGAAGGUCACCGGGGAAUCUGAGAAAAUUUUAAAAGAUGCAACUCUAACUAUACAAAACAUAAAAAGUCAAGAUCUGGGUCUUUAUGAAUGUGAAGCUCAUAACCAAUUUGGCAAAGAAGAAAAAGCUGUGAAAUUAGUUGUUCAAGGACGAUUGGAAAAAACAGAUCAAAUGAUACCACUGAUUAUUGCAUUCUCCUCUGUAACAGCAAUAGCAGUACCUGUAGUUGCAAUUUUGAUCUACGUGUCAAGAAAAGCAAAGAUAAAUGGAUCCUACAGUCUUGUAAAAGCACUCAGGCUGAAAGUGUGAUCACAUGAAUAUAAGUCUAAGUUCAUAAUAAGCAAUGUUAUUUAUUGUUGUGACUGGUUCUACUCUUCUAUAACAUAUGGUAACAAACAAGUGACUGAAGAACACCACCAUAUGAUAGCAAAUUGAUUUUUUUUUUCAUGUUUUGAUAAGUAUUUCAUUAUUUAAGUUAAAGGGAAAGCUAGCAUCCUGUCCUAGAAAUUGGUAAAUCACUUCUGCGUUGAAGCAUGCUGAACAAAGAGUUCCUUGGAGAACUAGGUUUGUACAUAGUGUAUAAUUUGUGUUAUAAAUAUGUUCAACUGAAUAUCAGUUUGUAAAAUUGCAGUCUUACUGCAACUGUACAGAGAAAUGUUGUUAAUUCAAAGAUAUAAAUCAGCAUUACUUGAGCUGAUCAGAUGAUAAUAUUUUAUUUUGUAUUACUCUACAGAGUAAUGUUUUUAAUGUAAUUUGUCUGCUUGUGGUAACGUUUGGAAAAUGUUCUCUUUUCACUCAUAUUACCAUAAACUCUGUACCUUCAAUGAACUUACAAAAUCA